CUGUUCUAACUUGUUGAUCAAAACAAGCCGAAAGUAACAAUGUAGCUUUAUUUUUAGAAAACAGCAAAAAUUAUAUGUUUUAACAAAACACAAACAUAUAAACGUACCAAUUUUGGCAAAGGGCGAAUUGGGUGAAGCCUGGAGAUGAAGUUCCGUAACAAUGGAAAGGUUUUCUGGAACUUGGCAAGGGGAUCGGUUAGGCAGCAGAUUCGAAAUGCCGCCGUCAAGAAAAUGCUAAUCGCCAGCUUUAGCACCACCAAGGAACAUUCGAACUCGGAUCAACCAAAUCUUCUAAAGUACCACGUUUUACCACUCGAAGAAACCCUGAAAAGGUUUUUGACCACUGUUGAACCACUGCUGACCCCUGAGGAGAUGGCCAAACAAAAGGACUUGACUGCCAAGUUCUUGAGGAGGGAAGGAUCCAAAUUGCAAAAGCUCCUGCAAGAAGUUGGCAGUAAGGAGAAGAACUGGUUGGCCCACCGCUGGCUUAAAGUGGCCUACCUACAGUUUCGAUCCCCAGUCACUGCCUUUGUCAGUCCCGGCAUGACCUUUCCCAAACAGUGUUUCGGAAAUGAACACGACUUUGUGGAUUAUACGUCCAGAGUUAUCUUUGGCUUGGGUGAGUUCAAUGACUUGGUGCAUGCCAAGAAAAUUCCGAUUGUUAAGAUGGGCGCAAAUGAGUUGGACAACAGUCAGUUUGGCAAGGUAUUUGGGACAUGUCGAAUACCCAGAAGAACUACCGACGAUAUCGUCUAUAAUCCAUGCUCUGAUUAUGUGGUGGUGAUCUACAAGAAUCAUUUUUACCAACUCAAAAUAUAUGAUAAGGAGGGAAAACUAAUUAUAGCUCCAUGUCUGGCUGUUCAGUUGGAGGAAAUCAUGUCGAAGGAAACCAAACUGGGGAUUCCCUAUGGUAUUUUGACCACCGACUCGAGGGACAACUGGGCCGAGGCCUACGAACAUCUUUCAGAUACACCUCGAAACAGGGAAGCACUGAAGACCAUUCAAAAUGCUCUAUUUACUGUCUCCCUAGAUAAGUGCACCUCCCCUAAGGAAGGUAGAGAAGAUGAAGAGCUAAUUCUUUCCCUGAUCCAUGGAAAAGGAAGUAAUGCCAACAGUGGCAAUCGCUGGAUGGAUAAAACUAUUCAAUUGGUGGUCAACCCGAAUGGAAACGUGGGAUUCACCUAUGAGCACUCACCAGCUGAGGGCCAGCCCAUCGCCAUGAUGAUGGACUAUGUGGUGAAGAAUUUGGACGAUGAUCUUAGCUACGGGGAAUGCGGAUCAGAAGACUUUACGCCGGCUCAGAAAAUACAGUUCUGUCCGGUUAGUAAAUGCGUUGAGCAAUGGCUGACUAUAGCGCAAAGGAACAUUGAUAAACUUGCCUGCGCUCUGCAAAUCAAGGUUCUCAGAUUUGAGGGAUACGGAAAGGAUUUUAUAAAAAAACAGCGUCUUGGUCCGGAUAGUUUUAUUCAGAUCGCCCUGCAGUUGGCCUUCUUUAACAUGCACUCUGAGCCAGCUGCGCAAUAUGAAUCGGCACAUUUGCGCAUUUUCGAUGGCGGUCGAACUGAAACUAUACGUUCCUGUUCCAAUCAAUCCUUGGCCUUUUGUUACGCUAUGGAGGAUCCGGGUUUUACAAAUCAGGAACGGGCUGAUAAACUUCGUGAGGCGGUUAUGUGCCAUCAAAUGUAUGCCAAACUGGCUCUUCAAGGCAAAGGAGUCGAUCGUCACCUGUUCGGACUGAAACUGAUGGCUGUAGAGCAUUGUCUGCCCAUUCCAGAGUUCUUCACAUCGCCAGGAUAUGUUAAGUCCAGUCACUUCCGCAUGUCGACCUCCCAGGUAGCCACGAAAUAUGAUGCUUUUAUGGGUUAUGGUCCCGCCACGGACGAUGGAUAUUCCUGCUGUUAUAACCCACGAGAGAAUGACAUUAUUUUGGCCAUAUCUGCGUGGCGCCAUUGUCAGGUAACAGAUCCCAUUAAGUUGGCCAAGAUGCUCAAGCAGUCCUUUAAUCAAAUGAGGGAGGUUCUAGAAAACAGCCCAGUUUCGGGAGAGAAACCACCUGCGCCUAAUUGCAAACUUUGAAAAUGUUUUUUGAUUGUCCACUUUCAGUUUUUUUAAAUUAUUAAAGUAUUUGAUAACACCAUGCAAU